CUGUAAUAUACUUGGUGUUAAAUAAUUGCAUUCAUUGUACGAUUGUUUUAUAAAUAGCUAACUGGUGUUUUCUGAACAGAGAAUGAUGUCUUUGUAGCUAACUUAACGGUAGCUAGCUCGCCUAAGCUAACAGUAAUCGACCUCGAGGCAGCUAACAGCCGUCAUAUAAGAAGCGAAAUUAUUUUUAAGCUAGCUAAAAAUAGCCUUUGUCCUAAUAUUGGACCGCUAAAUGAUGCGUUUUGGGCAUUUUUACUUCUCACAUUUCAUCUUUUCAACGACACAUUGAUUCAAUUAAAGCAUUUUAACUGUUAGCUUAGCAACGGUUUCAUGUGUGUUCUCGUAGUUAAGGUUAGCACGCUGUAGCUAGGCCCAAUUGAUUACCACCGAGAUAACUAAGCUAGGUGGCUAACGUUAGAUGUUUUGAUAAAUGCCACGUUAUAAACUAAGUUAAUGUAUUGUAACACAUUUCACCUCAAAUUACAGUACGUUUUUUGUAUAACUAACCUUAAAAUGUGUUGAAUUAAUGCCUCUCUGAAAUAGUCUUGACUUUAAUAUCAUAACCUUUUGUGUAAGAAUAUUUUUGUUGGCACAUAACAUAGGCAGGAAAAUUGAUGUUUCAAGAUUUUGUACGAUACAUUUCGUGUUAUUUGAUGAAAAACUGUUGAAUGUAAACAUACUAAUUACUGUGAAACUGGUUCGACCAGAGCUGCCUUAUCACGUGUCUUUGAUCUUGAUCAGGUGUGCUCAGUUUCACCUGAGUCGUUUUCAUUCCAGACCUGGGUUAAUGUGACACGACCGUGGUUUAUUUCUUUUUUUUUUUUAAAAGGUCUGAGGAACCACAGUUCAGCGAGUGUUGGUGACUAUAUCCUUCUAGAUGCAAAAUCAGGAUACAAUGAGCGGGUGUCGUGUCUUCAUCGGCCGCUUGAGCCCGCACGCCAGGGAGAGGGAUGUGGAGAAGUUUUUCAAGGGAUACGGACGUAUUCGGGAAAUCAACUUAAAGAAUGGAUUUGGCUUUGUGGAAUUUGAUGACCACAGAGAUGCAGAUGAUGCUGUGUACGAGUUGAACGGCAAAGAGUUGUGCAGUGAAAGGGUCACUAUUGAGCACGCUCGCUCCAGAAGAGGAAGAGGCGGCGGCCCCGGAGGAAUGGGAGGACGUUUCGGUGGCGGAGGCGGUGGUGGUGGUGGUGGCGGCGGCGGAAGCAGCAGUGGCGGCGGCGGUGGCUAUCGUCCAUCUCGCAGCAGUGGAUCCAGACUGGACAGGUAUGGCCCCCCUGUGCGGACAGAUCACAGACUCAUUGUGGAGAACCUCUCUUCACGAAUCAGCUGGCAGGACCUGAAAGACCUGAUGAGAAAAGCAGGUGAAGUUACCUUUGUGGACGCACACAGGCCCAACAAAAAUGAAGGAGUGGUUGAGUUUGCAUCCCGCAGUGACCUGAAGAACGCCAUCUCCAAGCUCGAUGGCUCAGAGCUGAAUGGACGCAAGCUUAAGAUCUUUGAAGACAGCAGGAGCCACAGCAAGAGCCGCUCCCGCUCCCGCAGCUACUCGCGCUCAAAGAGUCGUUCCAGGAGCCGCAACCGCUCCAGGAGCCGCUCCAGGUCUAUGAGUCGCACCCCAGAGAAGAAGACAUCCGGAGGGGGCAGGGCGUCAGGCAGAUCCCCCUCCAGAUCCAAGUCUCGCUCCAAGUCUCGCUCCAAGUCCCGGUCUAAGUCCCGCUCCAGAUCCCGCUCCCCCCGUUCACCUGUUCCUGCUCAGAACAAGCAGUCCCGCUCCCGUUCUCGCUCUCGUUCACGCUCUCGUUCUCGUUCACGCUCCCGCUCCGCCUCUGCAGACAGCAAGCACUGAGACCGGUGCACCUGUUGGCCGUAAAAUAGACUGAUAGUUGCUCACCACAGACCUGUAUGGUGGCAUGUGAUUUAUUGUUUCCUUUUAAUAAAGGGGAGGAAAUCCCCAUUUACAUGGCUUCUUUUGAAACGCCAUCUUCAGUCAUUAUUGUGCCCUCAUUGGCUUUGAUUUAUUUUAGGUUUUUUUUUUUUUUUUUUUUUUUUUUUUGAUGAGUUUCCUGGAUGACAGGAAAAUGUUUGUGUUCCUAUUCAUUUUUUGCCCCCUCAUAAACCCCCUUUUCUAUUUAGCAGAGUGACUUUUUGAUCAGUGAUGAUACUGUCCUAGCUGUCUGCAAUGUUCUGAUUCCAUCCGCUCCCCUGUGCUCUGCGGGUGUUCACAGCAGUUACUGGUAAUGGUAUUUGUUCCCCAAAGUGUCGAUGGGUGGUUUUUUUUGUUUUUGUUUUUUUUGCAACGCUGGCGCCUGGCAUUGCCGUGAAACUGUGAUUCUGCUUCUGAUGAUCUACACGUGUUGUAUUCACUGCCCUGCUGUGUGAACAGAAUAAUGGAAGCAUCUCAGAUUGUGGUUUACUUCAGCUUUCUUGUGUAAUGAUGUUGGAAUCUGGCAUUCAUUUUAUUCAGUUCUGCUGUAUCAGGACCUCGUCUCGUGUUGUGAUUCAUCUUUGCUUUUUAUUAACUUUAACUGCAGCCUCGGUCUGAAGCGUGUUGAGUCUGUACACAGCAGGAAGAAAUGUCUCUAAAUAACUUUAUUAAUUUGAUACUAAUAAAACUCUCACUGCAUAUUGUCAUUUAAUUUUUUUAGUAAUGUUCAGAAAGAACAGUUUUUUUUUUUUUUUUGAUGUUUUGUGAAUGUGGUUCGAUUGACUCAAAUAUUAAAGUUUUUGCAGUUCAACCGAAUAAAGUUUUCACAAACUGUUAAA